CUGGUGGUGAGCGCGAUGAGGCAGUGAGAUCACGUUGAAUUUCGAUUUUGUUGCCUUAUACAUUUACAAACCCACAAUCGAGCAGACACACCAGAAACAUGUGGUUCAGGUUUCGUUUUCAUCUUCCGAAAGGUGUGUGACUUUGAUCAAGCCUUUCACCCUUCAAUUCGGAGGAUUCCUCCCCGUCCGUCGAUUCGUUUCGACCAGGCAAUGACAACGGCCCCAGCAACCCCGCAGCAGAUGAGAGACCGGCUGCUGCAGGCCAUCGAUAGCCAGAGCAAUAUCUGCAACAUGGUGGCAGUAUUGGAUGUAAUCACCAAUUUGGAGAAAUUUCCCAUCACCAAAGAAGCACUUGAGGAAACUCGCCUAGGAAAACUGAUCAAUGAUUUAAGGAAAAAAACAAAAGAUGAAGAUUUAGCGAAACGUGCCAAGAAACUUUUGCGCAACUGGCAGAAACUUAUUGAGCCAGGCCAGAAUGACACACCUACACGGUCAGCUCCAGGAACCCCAGGGUCUGCUAAUGGUGGUGCCCACCCAUGCAGAACGGACAUCACACCACUUACUGUACCACCACCAGGAAAGAUUGGCCCUGAGGUCAAAAAUCGAAAUGACAUCCACAACACCUACUCUCCCAAAGCAGAGAAGUCAGGUAGUCGCAAGCGCAAGGAUGAGAACAGGGACAGUCUCCACCCACCUGCAAAAAUGCCUAAAACCUCUGCAUACGAGCAGAUGUCUUCCUGCACCUCACCGUCAACCAAUGGAAUUGGAGGCAGCCCAGAGACUCCUUCAGAAAGGGAUACCCUCCAGCCCUCUGACAGAAACCGCACUGAGCACCUUGAGAAUGACCGACACAGUAAGAUUCCUGUCAACGCUGUUAGGCCUCACUCUAACUCCCCAGGGCUAACCAAACUGCCUAGCACUUCGUCCCUGAUCAAAACGGCAGUCCUACAGCAGCAUGCCAGAUUGGAAGGUGGCAGUGGAGGACCGCAUCAGCCCAAAAGCCCUCGUUUCUCCUCCCACAGCCCCCGCAGCGCAGCGCAGGAGAUGCUCUCCAAGAGGUCUUCAACUUGCGCCCCUAAGGAGAGUCUCUCCAGCCCAUCGCCUAGCUCUGCUCAAGUGCCCUCUCCCUCGCCCGUCUUGCAGUCGUCACUGUCCCCGGCCACAGAGUGCUUUGCUGUGGAACACUCUCCAACACGACACGAACCCUCUCUGCACUUGCAUGGUUCCACAGAGCCUGCCUACCACCCCCAACACAGCACUGUAACGCAAGAGUGUCCCCCGAGCUCUUUGCAAGCCUCGCAUAUUCAUAAAGCCCCUGACUCUCACAGACACGGCACCUCUGUGGAGGCCAGUGCGGGGGAAUGUGAAGUUGUGACCUCAUGCCCCGAUGGUAAAAGGAGUAAAAAGUACAGGUCUAGAGACUAUGUAGUCAACCUUCAAGGGCAGCCUUUAGAGGACAAGACAAAGCCUGUGCGCUUAAAAGAGCGAAGGUUGACCUUUGACCCUGUGACUGGUCAGAUAAAACCCCUCACCCCAAAAGAGUCCCACUUUGAGGAAGAAAGCCCAGUGCCGCAACCGCCGCCGCUGCCGCCACCACCACCCCCUGCCGCUGAGCCCAAUCAGCAAAAGCCCCCCGCGUCUCUCCCCAGCCCCUUCCAACAGACAAACUGGAAAGAGCUGUCCAGGAAUGAAAUUAUCCAGUCAUACCUUAACAUUCAGAGCAAUGUGCUCACCUCCUCUGGGGCGCAGACCCACGGAGCACACUUUUUCAUGACAGAAUAUUUAAAACGAGAGGAGCACGACACAAAGGAGACCAGAAAGACCCACGUGUUGGUGCCCAGCAAACCUGAAUCAGACUUGCCUGGUGUGACCAGGGACGUGUCUGAGGACGACCUUAAUAGAAUACACACAAGUCACUGGCCAGGGGUCAAUGGUUGUUGUGAUACUGUGGGCACCUGGUAUGAUUGGACAGAGUGCAUAGCCUUGGACCCACAUGGAGAUGAGGGUAAAUUGAACAUCUUGCCAUAUGUCUGCCUAGACUGAGAGAACUGGGCCUCUCUUGUCUUUUUUUUUUUUUUUUUUUUGUCUUCAUGAAAAAGUGACAUGUCCUUGAUUGUACUAACUAUGAUCUGGCAAUGUCACAACCACAGUUGCCCCCUCUGGCCUCCCUUGUAUUUGUCAAUCAGAAUGGUGAAAUGGGAUGCUGAGUGUGCAGAGGUGGCAGGUUGUGAUUUUCCAUGCAUGGUUUUGCAAAGGCGCUCCAUUACAAAGUGCUGCUAGAAUUGCAGGCAAGAGGUCUAAAGAAAUACAGAGAUUGGGUGUAGUUGGCCAGUUAUUGCACGGGUGUGUGGGAAAGCAGUCAAGGAUUACGACAAGCACAGGUAAGACUGAAAGUGUCCAGCAAGUCAGAAAGAAUUUAACUUGUUUGGAAGUUACAAGAAGCUUUAUGUGACUUAAAAAAAAUAAUAAAUUAUAAUUUUUCUUAUCAUG